AUGAGCGUAACGAGCAGCAUCAAGUCACGUGCCAGCGUGGCAACAGUUCCGGACGCGAGUUUCACGAUGGUGGCGGCAUUAGACGUCGGUACCGCAUAUUCCGGAUACGCGUAUGCUUACAGGAAAGAGAUGGACGAAGGCAUGGACAAUGUGAUUGUCAACAACCCAUGGUCGAGCGCCGACAAGUCGACCACAACCUACAAGACCCCCACUCAACUCCUACUGAACGAGAAACGCGAGUUUGAAGCGUUUGGGUACGAAGCCCAGAAGAGGUACGCGGAGCUGCACCAACAAGGGCGCCAUGAGAGAUGCUUCUAUUUUAAGAAGUUCCGGUCUAAAAUUGCGUCCGGUCAGGCUGGGAUCCCCGGUGAGGCGCUUCGAUUGGCCCUCGAGUCUGAAGUGGCCUCGGUAUACUGUCAGAACAUGAAAGGCGUCGGAAAACUGCCCAUACACUCGCCGGGAUGCACAUACGUGGUUGCUGAUAUUGGAGGGGGCAUUACUGAUAUUGUGUUGCACCAAAAGCGUACCGAUGGGCGUCUGAAGGAAAUGAACAAAGGCGGGGGCUGUUUGGUUGGUUCCAGUCAUGUGGAAAACUCUUUCCUUCAAUUCCUUGUGCGUAUAUUUGGGGCACCAGCCGUUCGCGAAUUUCUGGACGAAUGUCAGAUCGAAGUGAUUGAUAUACUGAAACAAUUCGAAAUGGCGAAAAAGGGAAUGAUCUCAGACCAGGCCAAGCCGUUGUCAAUUGGAAUCCCGGUGGGCCUGGAGAGAAUAUGCAGGAAGAAAAACCACGGUGAAGAUCUCUCGGUGAUAGUACAAAGAUCAAUGUACAGGGAUAAGGCAAAACUGGCGGAUAAUACUUUACACAUUGAUGUAACAAUUUGCAGGGAAUUUUUCAACUCGGCUUGUUUAGAAAUAGCAAAAUGUAUACGCAAUGUCCUCCUGGACCACAAUGCCAAGGAGUGUACCAUGUUAAUCCUUGUCGGUGGCAUGGCAUCAUCAACCAUCGUCCAGGAUAUACUAAAACAAGAACUGGAAUCGAAAACGAAGAUCCAAAGAAUCAUUGUUCCACCUGAACCGGAAUUAGCCGUUCUCAAAGUGAAAUAA